AAACAACAUUUGUCAGGCAAUAUAUGUAAUAUUUUAUUUAGAAGGAUUACCACCGUCAGCCGUGUGGUCCUCUGUGAACAAGAACAAUGCCUGAUCUCCGCCUUGUCUUUCUACUUCUCGGAUCUGCAGCAGUGCAUGGCCUUGCUCACAAUCUCCGCCAGCAGGGUUGUAUCCAAACCAGCCUUAAUUUCUCCCCUUACCUCGCCGUCCGCAACAUCAUCAAUGACAUGGACAAAAAUGGCGACGGCACAUUGGAGCAGAGUGAAGUCGUUUCCGAGUUCGUCACAAGAUACGACAGUGACAACAACAGUGAGAUCACGGAGGCGGAAUUUGUGAUUCAGUGGAUCUUGCGGUACCAUGAUGGGCGCGACUUCGCCGUCUACCUCUUCCACCACUUCGACAAGAACGAUGACCUGAAACUAACAUCUGCCGACUUCCUCGGUCUUCAAGCAGAGAUUGACAGCAACGGUGACGGUAAAUUGUCUGACGCCGAGUUCAAAACAUUUAUGCUCGACAUCUACAAGAAUUGUGUUCCUGGAAGUUAGAAAAGACAAAAAAAUUAUUUUCAAACAACGUCGUGUCCAGAUGACAUUACCAACGAAGCGAUGCAUAUUACAGUAUAGAUCUCAUAGAUUAUAACACAAUUUCGACUCAUAUGGAAAGAAACAUACAUUCAUUCAUUCACUAACCAAAUCUAGCUAACCUGUUUUUUUAUAAUAUCGGGGGACAAUACACGCGUUUGGAAAGUUUU